CGGGUUCAGUCUGUGUGUGCCGCCCGCGCCGUUCGCGACUACCGCCGCCGCACCAGUGUGCGCGUCUUUUUAACACCAGUUCAUCUCGCGCGUCAGUUCGACCGUCUUUCGUUCCGUCUCAACUCUCGCGAUCUAUUUUCGUUUAAUUUUUUUUUUUCGUCUUUUUCGUUAUUUUUAUUUUUUCGCCCGCGUACUCAUUCCUCACGUCGUCCAAUCGUCUCCGGCUGGUUCGUUUCGUAUUUAUUUAUCGUCCUUUUUCUCCUCCCCCCCGACCGCCCGCCAACCGCGAACUCCGGACCCCCGUCUAUUCGUUUGGUCGCGGAAACGCAGAGCAUAACACGACCUUGUCCGCUUUCGAGAAUCGUUUACGCUUGUUGCGAUAUCAUCGGUUCGUCGUCGCGUGCUCGUCGACGUUGUUCUCGUGAAUGGAUUACUCGAAGACGACAGCGUUUUGAGUACUUCUAUUGAAAUAUAUAUGCAAUGAGGCGUUCAACAGCCGGUGGUGUGGAGGAAUGUGUUUAUCGACGAACUAGUUGCAAUCAUGGCUUGUUGGCUAGAAGCAGCUCGGACUCGGAUUUGGCCGUAGUGACAACCGGAUAUCCUGGUAGCCUGGAUAUCGAAGCGUACGAGGAUGAGGAAGAGGAGGAGGAGGACGGCGAGGACUCCGAAGACGAUAGGGAUGAUGACGAUGACUGUAUGGGAGCGGAACACAAUCAGCAAGAAGAGCUACCGUAUCCAGGAUUCGUAUCUAUAUCGAUGAAAUACCUGGAUCAGAAGUCUAGGCCCCGAAAUUGGUGUUUGGCCAUGAUCACUAACCCGUGGUUUGAGAGAGCAAGCAUGUUAGUUAUACUGCUGAAUUGUGUUACUUUGGGCAUGUAUCAACCGUGCGUGGACGACCAGUGCAUAUCCAGAAGAUGCAGAAUCCUACAAGUGUUCGACGACUUCAUAUUCGCAUUCUUUUCACUAGAAAUGAUCGUGAAAAUGAUUGCAAUGGGAGCUUACGGUCCCUGUACCUACCUCGCAGACUCCUGGAACAGAUUAGAUUUUUUUAUCGUGAUCGCAGGUGCUUUGGAGUACUGUUUGAACGUGGAGAACAUAAAUUUCUCUGCCAUACGAACAAUUAGGGUGCUGAGGCCGCUUAGAGCUAUCAACAGAAUUCCAAGUAUGCGUAUACUGGUCAUGUUGCUUUUGGACACUUUGCCAAUGUUGGGUAAUGUGCUCCUGCUGUGUUUCUUCGUGUUUUUCAUAUUUGGUAUCAUCGGAGUGCAGCUAUGGGAAGGCAUACUUCGACAAAGGUGUUUCUUGAAACCGUUGCCAAAUGUCACUUAUCCCAAGAUGUUGCCAGCGUACUAUACGCUGAACGACGACGAAAAGGAUUACAUUUGUUCGAAAAACGACGACAACGGCAUGCACUCGUGUUUCGACUUACCGCCCACUCGCGGUCACGAUGCACUGAUUUGCAACGCCACGGCCAACAUGGCACUCGCCAACGGGUCGUGUGUCAACUGGAAUCACUAUUACACGGAGUGCAAGUCUCAAGGCGAAAAUCCGUUCCAGGGCACGAUAUCGUUCGACAAUAUUGGACUGGCCUGGGUGGCUAUAUUCGUUGUCAUCAGCUUGGAAGGAUGGGUAGAUAUAAUGUACUACGUCCAAGACGCUCAUUCGUUCUGGGACUGGAUUUACUUCGUGCUGCUCAUCGUGAUCGGUUCAUUUUUUAUGAUAAACUUAUGUUUAGUGGUCAUAGCCACACAAUUUUCCGAGACAAAAAAGAGGGAAAUGGAAAGAAUGAAAAUGGAACGAGCUCGUUUCCACUCGACCAGCACGCUGACCUCGUCGACAAACAACUCCGAACCAUCGUCCUGUUACGCCCAAAUGGUGAAGUACGUCGCUCAUCUGUGGAGGCGAGGCAAGCGGAAACUGAUCAAAAAGUAUCGGGUAUGGAUGUUGCGACGGCAAACCGAGAGGGAGGAGAAGGCGCAGCGGCAGAACGCCACCACCGUCGCGCUCCUAUCGCUCAACACUAAUAACAACGACAAAAACGUUAAUUUUAUAGAAACAAACGAUAAUAAGUACGGAAAUGGUGCAAGAAAUGGUGAUGAAGAAUCGUCUCAGCCAAUGCUCCGGUUUAUGGAUAACGCUCAAAUCGAUUCGAGCGGGAACCUUCUAAGUCCGGGGUCGACAUCCAGCAACGGCGGAAUCGUGUCAAGGAGACGGAGCGUCGUAGUGGCUUUCAGCGACGAACUAAUUACCAGGAGUGGUCCCACCACUACUGCCGCCGCCGCUGCCGCCGCCGCCGCCGCCGCUGCUGCUGCCUCUGCAGCUGCCGCCACCGAUGCCGGCGCUGCUCCGUCGUCCGCCGCGGUAACGACGUCCACUGCCUCCACCACGGCAGCCACCCCUUCCUCGGCAAACGUUGCACUUUGUUCGACCGAGAAGACGACUCAGACGGUCGAAGGGACGGCGUGGAACACGUCUUCCGCCAGUACCACCAUUGUAGCACUGAAUAACGCCGUGGCCGACCCCGACGACCAGGACAUGACGUGCCAGGAACUUUUAGCGAUCAGCGGUGCACUGUCGGCAGCCUUGCCCACCGGGCAAUCAGCUUUAACUUCGCUGCUAAAGGCACUAGGCAAGACUGGAAGUUCUUCCGUGGCGACCAUCGUGCAAAAUGUAAACCGCACAGCCAACAACAGCAACAUCCAUAACAAUAACAACAAUAACCACAGAAACAACAAUAGGACAAAACGUCACGCGCUCAUGGACCGGCAAUCGGACGGUGAACUGAUGAUGGACAAUGACCAUUUGGAGAGUAAAAACAAAGCGUGCCUCACCGACGCGGUGGGUUGCCUGCAGAUUUAUUGUCUGGUGGGUUGUUCCCUGUUGAGAGAGUGUAUAAAGCUCCUUGUCAACCACAGACGAUUCCAGCAGUGCAUUUUGUUAGCAAUACUUAUCAACACGCUCAGCAUGGGCAUAGAGUACCACAAUCAGCCUACCGAGCUCACUGUAAUUGUGGAAUAUAGCAAUAUUGUUUUUUCUGCGAUAUUUGCCGCUGAGAUGUUUUUAAAGGUAAUCGCCGAGGGACCGUGCGGUUACAUCAGUAAUGGUUUCAACGUAUUCGAUGGAAUCAUUGUCAUAUUAAGUAUAGUGGAAUUGACGCAAUCGUUCGAAAACACUAGUGGACAACGGGAAGGAAAUUCGGGGCUAAGUGUUCUGAGAACAUUUAGACUAUUAAGAAUAUUGAAACUUGUUCGAUUUAUGCCAAAUCUACGUCGUCAAUUGUUUGUCAUGCUCCGUACCAUGGAUAAUGUUGCAGUGUUUUUUUCACUCCUAAUUUUGUUUAUCUUCAUAUUCAGCAUUCUCGGAAUGUAUCUUUUCGGUGGUAAGUUUUGCAUGUACGGGAAUGGAGCCCGGGAAUGCAACUGCAAAGAAAUUGUCACUAAACAUCCCCUGUGCGUCUGCGAUCGAAAACAUUUUAAUAAUGUAUUAUGGGCAACAGUCACCGUCUUUCAAAUUCUAACACAAGAAGACUGGAAUAUAGUGUUGUUUAACGGAAUGGAAAAAACGAGUCAUUGGGCUGCUCUUUAUUUCGUGACGCUGAUGACUUUCGGCAAUUACGUGCUGUUCAAUUUACUGGUAGCAAUUUUGGUUGAAGGAUUUUCUUCAGAGCGCAAUGAACGCAGAGAAAGAGAACGACGGGAGCUCGAGAGGCAACAACAGUCAUCGUGGUGCAAAUGCACCUGUUCGUGCUAUGGUGAUGACAAAGGGGAUUGUGAAAUGUGUACAGAGAAAAAAAGCCUAAAUGGAAAACCAAGUACUGAGUUAAAAAUUGAAAAUCCAAACAGAGACAUUAUAACCAAUAAAUGUAAUACACACAAGGACACUUCAUUAGUAAUUGCUCCACCUCCACCAAUAAUCACACAUACGGCGGCCACACCACAAGACUCGCCAAAUGCUGCUCAUGAAUCAAGGGAUUUUCGACGAUUUCAGUCACUAACACCGUAUACAUUUUUGCCGUUUGACACAAAUGGAAGCGGAUUUUCGAUUGAUUCGAUUGACUGUUCAGUGCGUUCGUCAACAAAUAGCUUACAGAGUGUUUCCAAGUUUCCUAAAAUCAACAACAGACCUCCGCAGAUCUCCAGUCCACAAAAGUUAGUAGUGAAUCAAAGUUUUGAAACUAUACCGGAAGACAUUUCUUAUAGUGGAGAAAAUGGUGAAAAACUUCAAAGACGAUAUUCGUGGAAAAUCUCGAGACCCUCAUUGAGACGAAAGUCAAAAUUUAGUAACGUAGAAUGUGAAAAUGACGACCAAGGAAUACUGGUUUUGAAUAAUAGCCAUUCAAUGAAUUCAGGUGGUGGACAAGACCACUCUCAAUGUAAUGGCGGCGUUUCCAAAAGUCCAUCACCAAAUUUUCGUGCGGGGAACAAUAUGCUGUCCGAAUAUAAUACUAUUGAAAGAUCUCCAUCUACUGUACAGCAGAGCACAGUCAAUUAUGUUAUGUCCGGUUGUCAGUACAACUGCUGUCAGCCGUGUGACACGGAAGGGUGCGCAGGGCCGGCGGACGAAAAGUCGUCUGAACCGUGUUGCGACUGCGACGCUGAGUCUAGCACUGCUAAAGUAAACGUUCGCAAGGUAUUCUAUUUCUUCGAGGAAAAGGGUUGGCUCAAGGACCGGGCCGAAUAUUCGCUGUACAUAUUUCCACCGGAACACGGUUUCAGGCAAUCGUGUGGAAAGUUCAUCAAGCAAAAAUGGUUCGACAACGCAGUGCUUACGUUUAUAGCGUUGAACUGCAUUACGUUGGCCAUGGAAAGACCGAACAUACCACCCGAUAGCAACGAGAGAACGUUUUUGGGUACGGCCAAUUACGUUUUCACCGUGGUGUUUGCGCUCGAGAUGUUUGUCAAAGUUGUAGCCGCGAGCAUGUUCUACGGCAGUGAACCAUAUUUUAAGUCUGGUUGGAACAUCAUGGACGGAUUACUCGUAGUAGUGUCCAUCAUAGAUUUGCUCAUGUCAUUGAUCUCCGAAAGCAGCCCAAAAAUCUUUGGAAUACUAAGAGUGUUUAGACUAUUACGAUCGCUGAGACCGUUGAGAGUGAUCAACAGGGCCCCGGGCCUAAAAUUAGUUGUUCAGACACUGCUGUCAUCAUUGAGGCCAAUAGGCAACAUAGUACUGAUUUGUUGUACAUUUUUCAUAAUUUUCGGUAUUUUAGGAGUUCAACUUUUCAAAGGAACGUUUUUUCACUGUGAAGGCCCUAACAUAAAACAUGUGCGUGACAAAAAGGAAUGCUUGGCUGAUAAAAAAAACACAUGGGUCAAUCAAAAAUACAAUUUCGACGAUCUGGGCAAGGCGUUGAUGUCUUUAUUCGUACUGUCAUCCAGAGACGGUUGGGUAAACAUCAUGUACACGGGUCUGGACGCCGUGGGAGUUGACCAACAACCGAUCGAAAACUAUUCAGAAUGGCGACUUUUGUAUUUUAUAUCGUUCAUACUGCUUGUUGGAUUUUUCGUGCUUAACAUGUUUGUUGGCGUGGUAGUAGAAAACUUUCACCGGUGCCGAGAAGAACAGGAAAAAGAAGAACGAGUCCGGCGACUGGCCAAACGGGCAAAGCAAAUGGAAAAAAAGCGGAGAAAAAUGCACGAACCACCGUACUAUAGAGAUUACAGCAGCGCUAGACUACUAGUGCACAGCGUAGUCACGUCUAAAUAUUUCGAUUUGGCCAUCGCUGCCGUUAUUGGUCUUAACGUGGUCACGAUGGCACUAGAAUUUUACAUGAUGCCUAAAGCGUUGACUUACGCGUUGAAAAUAUUCAAUUAUUUUUUCACCGCCGUGUUCAUACUAGAGUGCGUGAUGAAAAUGUUGGCACUGGGACUUCAGCUCUACGUAAAGGACAAAUGGAAUAUAUUGGACAUUGGCAUCGUCAUAUUGUCCAUAGUAGGUAUCACGUUGGAAGAAUUAGAAUCCAAAAUCAUACCGAUCAAUCCGACUAUCAUCCGAGUAAUGAGAGUCAUGAGGAUCGCUAGGGUUUUAAAAUUAUUGAAAAUGGCUAAAGGAAUAAGAGCUCUUCUGGAUACUGUGAUGCAAGCAUUACCUCAAGUGGGAAAUUUAGGACUCUUAUUUUUUCUAUUGUUCUUCAUAUUCGCAGCACUGGGUGUGGAAUUAUUUGGAAGACUCGAGUGCAGCGACGAGCACUCGUGCCAAGGCCUGGGUGAACACGCUCAUUUUGGAAAUUUCGGCAUGGCAUUCCUGACGCUGUUCCGAGUAGCCACUGGUGACAAUUGGAACGGUAUCAUGAAGGAUGCACUCCGCGAGGACUGCGACAACGCGGCGGACUGCGUGAAAAACUGUUGCGUAGCCGACGGCAUUGCACCCAUGUUCUUCGUCAUAUUUGUCCUGAUGGCUCAGUUCGUGUUGGUCAACGUAGUGGUCGCCGUUCUCAUGAAACAUCUCGAGGAGUCUCACAAACAGAUGGAAGACGAGAUGGACAUGGAAGAUCAAUUAGAGAGAGAAAUGGCUGCAGAGGAAGAAGAACAAUUGGUUCAGAUGGCCUUAGACCACGAGUAUUCGAUUCAAAAUCCUUUGUGCAAAGAGUUUUCACUACCCGCCGACUUUACAUUUAAAAGUUUGCCGCCUUCACCUCUGUACCAAAGUCAAGGACGACGGUUCUCUUUUAACUCUUGGAGCGGUAGAAUGGCGGAACCAACUGUAGUUCCGUCGCAGAGGAGACGUCAGACCGUCCAAGAGUCGAACAUGCUCGUCCCUCCGGCGCUUAUGCCCACUUUCAUGAUUCCUCAUUUCGAAUCCAGGAACCGGAAGUCGUCCUUGAGCGCUCCGCCAAGGAGUGAUGUCUCGCGUAGGGACAGCGUCCGGAGUUCCGGUUCGCAGCGGCCGGCGACGGACCAACCGGACGCCGCCGGUCAACAGCAGAAACAACAUCUGCAACAGUUGCAUCAACCGCAGCAGUUUACGGACUGGCAGUCGUCGGCGAACCAGGUGAAGCUGCAAGCGAGGUGCGUCUCGGAAGCGAUCGCCGGCGAUCAAGCAACCGGAAGCGGAAGCAGACACUCGAACCGCGGAGAGCCGGUGUCGGCGGCCAAGAACAACAAAGCUGCGGCCUCGGCGCUGCUGACCGUUCCGGCGGCGCCCAAUCCGAACGCGCUGGCUCCUCCGCCGCCGACUCCUCCGCCGUCGCUGUCCCGGUCGUACGUCACACUGGCCAUACCCGAAGAGUGUGCCGUCGACGUGCCGCUGUUGCGGUCCCGUUUCCCGCAGGUUAGGCGGUCCGAAGACCCAAACUCGUCCGGUGUGACCGCCGCUGCAGGUCCGGUCAACACGCUCGACGUGCGGAUCGAGGCGAGCGUCAAGAGAAAGACCUGAGCAGUCUCCGACCCACAAUAUCGAUAUAAUAAUACUGUUAUUAUUAUUAUUAAUAUUAUUAUUACUAUUAUUGUUAUCAUCGUCGUCCUCGUUAUCGUUAUCAUCGUCGUCGUCGUCAUCGUCAUUAAUAUUAUUUUUGUUACGAAAUUCGCAUCUACCGGUGCAGGCCAUCGUCGUUUUUGCAAUUUUAUCAUUUUAUCGCGUGUAUACAGUACACUCCGCUCGGGGCCGCAUACAUUGAUCAAUAAGAAUACGUGACCGCUACAGAAAAUAAAUUAUUUUCAAUAGGGUUUUCGGAAUCGCUUAUAUUAUUAACACACAAUAAUGUCAUAUUAUACGUCUGUCUAUGUUCGGGUGUUGUUGAUUGCGUCGAAUACUUUGGACUAUCUGUAGGUACCUAUCUAUUUUUAACGUUAGUGAAUAAAUACGAUAAAUUAUAAAUGAACCGUAGCAAAAUGUAAUAUCGUAAAUAAUAAAUAAAUCAAAGGAAAAUCGAAUUAUAGUAAAAAUUAAUGUAUUUUGCAUAAAUUAAAAAAAAAACUAUUACACAGCCUAAAAAUAAUAUUCUUAUGAGAUCGCGAUGAAAACGUAUAACCCGGUAAAUCAAUCAAUCCUUAAAGCUAAAUGAAUCGUAAAUAAAUGUGGUUUUCGAGAUAACUAUUAUUUUUACAAAACUAGAAGAUACGAAUUAAAACAUACUUUAAGUUUCACCUAAAAUCUAUGUGUAACGUUUUUUUUAUGCUGUUUAAUUUAUUUUUUACAUAAAGCGGUUUGCUUUGUCACAAAUUAUGUACAUAAAAAAUUCUGGUAGUCGGUGCCUGUGAAACGUGAUUUUUACGAGACGUUUGUUUGUCGAAAGUUUCCACCACGCGCCGGUCCGUCGAGUACGGUUUGAGUCGCGGGACGUGUCUAUAAUACGUAAUCCAGCUACGCGUAUACAUAUUGUAUUUCACACCUGUUUUGAUAGUUUUUCGUCGUCUCAUAUAUAUAUAUAUUAUAUUAUUUUCCAAUAUAAUAUUGUAAUUUAUAAUAUUUUUAUCGAUCUAAAAUCCGUUUCGGUUUUAAUCCUCCAAUUUAUGCUUGAGUAAUAAAUAUACUACCAAUACCUGCAACUAUUUAUUAUAAUCCGACCAUCCUAUAUUAUGAUAACACAAAUAUUGUGUGCGACUGUGUAAGGGAAAUUAUCGAUUCCACCAAAACACUUUGGGAAAAGAAAUGUAUCGACUCCAUCGUUUAAAAUUUAUAAAAAAAAAAAUUUUAAUUUUAGAAAUCAGCCAUACUUUGACUGAAUUUAUAUUUUUUAUAUUAAACAGAUUAAUGUUAAUAUUAUGUAUUAGUUUAAUAUAUAAUUUAAAUCAUGAUGAAUAUGAUAUAGGACAUUAUACAGUAUUAAUUUAGAAUAUAAUUAGUAAGUGUAAUUUAUGUUAAAAAUAUUUUUAAUCAAAAUAAUGAUUUACAUGGUAUUGUUUGGCAUACGUUAUUCAACGAACCAAUUUCCUUCUUUUUUAUAUUUAGCCUAUAAUUGUUUAAUAUUAUAUUGAAUUUAAAGCUCAGUGGAAUCAAUAGCCAGUGAAGUCGAUACUUAGGAUAUUCGAUUAGACAUAAUACGUAAACUAUUGCUAGCGGAGUCGGUACAAAAUCCAGUGAAAUAAGUGCACGUCAGACAUGUCAAAAACAUAGUUUGUAUUUCGCCAAAAAGCGUAAUUUAUUGUAAUAUAAAUCGUAAUUUUAAUUAUCUCCCAGAUGAAUUUUAUUUCUGUAGGUGUUUUUAAACGGUAAAUUGUGAUAUUUAUAAAGAUAUAUAAAAAAAAAAGUAGAUAGUAAUUAUUUCAAAAAUAUAGUUGAUUCUUUGAAACUAUUUUCUUUACUUCGUACUAUGAUAAUCAUUAGCUAUUGGAAAAAAAAAUAUAUCAAAUCAAUUUCUAGACAUGUUGUUUUAUUAAAUAUAUACCUAUAACAAUGCUCGGUUACUAGAUAACAACCGUUAACCUCUUUUGAGAGCUCGAAGAAAAAUUAUCUCUGUUACGUUGUAUUAUCUUAGCAAUGGAUGUGUAAGUGUAAAGAGUUAAGUGUUCAAAAAGUUUUAAUUCAAAAUUAGCAUUUAAGUUUUUUUUUUUUAUUAUUAAAAUGAUAUUAUUAAUCUUUCAUAAAUAAUUUUAAUGACAUUUUCGAAAAUCUACUAUUAUUUAAUUAAUUAAUUAAUCAAUAAAACUAACAAAUUAAGUUAUUUUAUUAAUUUCAAAAAUAUAAUCCGUUAAAUGCGAAAUUUAAUUUCAAAAUAAUUUACUAAUAAAAAUGUGUGCUUUCAUUGGGUCGUGACAGACUAAUAACUAUUACCUUGCUCUAGAGAUUUAAAUGUUUGAAAAUUCAAAACUUUUCUGAAUAUUGUUCUUGAAAUCCCAUAAAGUUUGGUAUAAAACUAAAAUUCGGUUUACUUAAAGAACAUCGUCUGUCUGUUUGCUGAUACUUGAUAAUAUGAAAUAUAUAAAAAAUAAUAUACUAUGUCAUGACACGAUUUCGAAAUUAUAACACGACACAAUGUCCUAAGAUUCAAAAACUCAAGUUUGUAAAUUAUUUUCAUAAAAUUGUAUUAUUAAUAAACUCGUUUAGUUUUACUUAUGGUAUAAAAUAACGUAAACAGCGUAUACAUAAUAAUGUAUAUAUUAUAAUAUAAUAUAUUUUUUAAAGUAACAUAUAUUUAUUUUAUAUUUGUUAAUACAUAAUAUUAUUAUAAUUUAUAACUAGAUAAAAUUAGUCGUUUCAACUAGAAAUUCAAUAAUAAAUUAUGCGAUUUGUAACUGUAUAUAAUUGUAAAUCUAAUAGAGUAAAAUAAUAAUAUGUGAAUAUUCAUACUUAAUAUUUAUAGUACGUACACGUUAUUCUAAUAACCAUACACCGCCAGUGUUGUUUUUUUAGAUUUUUAUCGAACCCAAAAGCAUACCAAUAUAAUUUCUAACAAAACAAUAAAACAUCAACAAUAAAUGUACGGUAAUCGAUUCUAAACUUAUUAUAGAUAGGUAUAAUAGUCAUUAGGUACCUACACAAAAAGUAUACUCGAGUUCGUCUAAACAAUCGCACUUGAAAAACAAACCGAAUGGAUUUCAGCGUCGAAAUAAAAUUGAGCCGUGUUCAAAAACCGCUUACACCUUAAAUGGACAUAACUCAUAAAACGGUCUAACAGGUUUUUUUUCAAAAAUCGUUUAAUUUUGUUUGGCCUGAUGAUUCAAACUAGGUACCCCGCAAAUUGCAAUCACUAAUAGAGGGGUACAUCUACCGCGUACGAACAAUUUAGUUUUUAUAAUAAUGACAUUCUAGGUAUUAUAGGUAGUGAUAAUAAAAUAAUAACAAUAAAUAUUAUUGUGUCAUUGGACGUUUAUUUUCGAUCAUAGAAUAUAAUAAAAUAGUCAAUUUCUUUAUUACGUUGUACCUUCCUAGUGAAAGUAUUGAUUAAUAUAAUAUUAUUAUAUGCUACGUCGUAUCUGUGAUAAAGUUAAAUUUAUAGAUACCUAUCGCCUUCAUAACAUGUAUGUAAGUAUAUAAUUUAGAGAGUGGUGCAUUUUAAUGGCAACGCUAGUUUUUUUAGUUAAAAAACAAUUUUUGUGUUUUUGGUUUUUAAUAGUAUUCAAAAUACUAUUAUAAUAAAAAUACUGAAAAAGUUCAGACUAUAACAAAAACAUUUUUUCUUUUCAAAAACACAAAAAAAUCACUUGAAAAAUUAGUGUAGCCGGUUAAAUGGAUCUCACACUGUACAUGUAUAGAAAAUAAUCUUUAUAACAUUAAUAUUACGCGAAUAUCUGAUUUUGUAUCGUUAUUAUUUUUUUUUCUAGAAAAUGUAAAAUCAAAAUCGUCCAAAUAUGAUAUUAUAUUAAUAUCUAAGUUUGUGUAAUUGUGUGUAUAUUAUGUUUUAUUGUAUGUCUAGUCUUUAGAUAUUAAUUAGUGAUUUUCUAUGAGACUGCCUAUUUCUUAAGUAUAUAACUUUUUUUAGCAUUUAUAAUAAUAAUUAUUAUUAUAUCUAUAAUAUUAUUACCCCGCUUGUACUCGUAUUAAAUAACGUAAAUAUUUUAGUAGAGUGUAAUGAUUUACGCGUAAAAUCUCUGUACUACUCUACUCUACUCUCUCUCUUUUUCUCUCAAUCACUCUCCAUCGAGCUCUUUGUAUUUCUCAAACUGACUUAUUAUUAAUAUUAUUAUUAUUAUUAUUAUUGUAUAAUUAUUAUACUAUUACUACGUAUAUUAUUAUUAUGUAUUAUUAACGAAUAGAAUACAUAUCUUUAAAAAUUUUUGUAUAAUUAUAUAUAUAUAUAUAGAAUGUCUGAGUCAAGUGUUAUGUACAGGAAAACUUUUUGGUACCUACCUCGAACUUUCAACUCAAAAAGAUAAUAAUUCGUAAAAAUGAAUGAAUUCCCUUUGAAAAAAUAUGUCCUAUCCAUACUCAACAUACCUCAUCGGUCGUCCCUCGCAAAAUUGUUAUUUAAUUUGGCUUAAAUUUUUUGGAGUUAUAGAUACUCCGUACUAUUAUUAUUAUUAUUAUGUAUUUGGACGUUACUGCAUAUAUAAUUAUAUAAACUUAUACCUACUUGGAGAACCUAUAAUACGGGGCAAUUCCAUACAUAACUUAUAUAACCGUUGUAGGUACUAAAAUUUUACCAAUAUUUCUGCAAAUUAGUGCCUAUUAUUUAUUAGUAUAUUACUUUUAUUUUUACCGUAUUUAAUAAAUUAUAUUCGAGUAACAAUAUAUUGUCCGCAAUAGGUUUUCCGUACAAAAUAAAAAUCAAAUCCUUGCUCACACAAAAAUUCGAUCAAAUAAAACCCAAGUUGAGUGGGGAAAUAGGAUGACCCCGCACCCCUUCAAUAACAAACAAAAAAAAAUCAUAAUGUUAAUUAAAAACUUAAUAUGGACCCUUACGUUUAUGCAUAAGUACAUUUAAAUGUAUUACUAUUUUUUUUUUCCAUUGAAUUUGUAAACAAUUAAUAACUACUAAUAAGUAGCUUCGGUAAUGUUUUGUAGACGGUGUUUUAAAUACAUUAAUACAUAAUAUAUACUUGAUAUUUGAAAUAUAAUGAUUCGAAACUGU